GGGAACUCUCUCCACGUUGCCCAAGGGCUAAGGCAUUCACACCUGGCACUUGCAUACAUCAAAUCCAAAUCUCUUUUCUUUUUUUUUUUUUCUACUCGCGAACCAAAACCAGAACCACACAAGGCUAUAUCUUAGAUACAGAAUCUAUUUCUCUCUGAUUUUCUUCUUUAUCUAAAUCUACUUCUCUCUGAUUUCUUACCUUCCAUCUCACUAUCUAGUUCUAUUUACAUGUAAAUUGGCUUUUGAACGUUUGGAAUCUUGGGAUGGAGCGAAUUUGUAGAGUGUCACAAGGGUUGAAACCUGCAUUGCUUAUGGUGCUGGUUCAAGUUGCAUUUGCGGCAGUGAACGUUCUGUACAAAUUGGCAGCAAAUGAUGGGAUGAAUUUGAAGAUUAUCGUUGCUUAUAGAUUCAUAUUUGCCACUGCUUUCAUGGCUCCUCUUGCAUUCAUCGUUGAGAGGAAGAACAGGGGGGAAUUAACGUGGACAAUAAUCAUUCAAGCAUUUUUUUGUGGUUUAUUCGGGUGUUCGUUCGCUCAAAAUGCGUACAUCGAAAGCUUGGCUUUAAUAUCUGCAACUUUUGCCUGUGCCAUGGCUAACCUAAUUCCAGCUGUUACCUUCAUCUUAGCCUUAAUAUUUAGGAUGGAGAGAAUGGAGCUGGCGUCUGCAAAAGGAAAGGCAAAGGCUAUAGGGACAUUGAUGGGAAUCGGUGGUGCCAUGCUUCUCACAUUCUACAAAGGCGUAGAAAUUAACAACGGGUCAGCAAAAGUUAACCUUUUGCAUCAUCGUCAGUACGCUCAUGCGGCUUCAUCUCAUGGUCACGGGCGUAUCCUGGGCUUUUUCAUGGCGUUAUUGAAUUGCUUGUCUUAUUCUUCGUGGUUGAUAGUUCAGGCUAAAAUGAGUGCAAGAUACCGGAGCCAUUAUUCAAACUCGGCUUUAGUCUGUGCAAUGGGAGCAAUCCAAGCAACUGUUUUUGCUCUUUGUCUUGAAAGGGACUGGAAUCAAUGGAAAUUGGGAUGGAAUAUUAGACUCCUCACCGCAGCUUUUUCGGGAGUCGCGGGCUCUGGUUUGAUGGGGAUACUAAUUUCAUGGUGCUUGGCCAUGAGAGGUCCAUUGUUCGUCGCUAUUUUCAGCCCUCUCAUGCUUGUGUUAGUUGCCAUUGCCGGAUCAUUGCUACUGGCUGAGAAACUGUAUCUUGGAAGCAUAGUAGGAGCAUUGUUAAUCAUUUGUGGUUUAUAUUUUGUACUAUGGGGUAAAAGCAAAGAGAUGAAGGCAAAAAAACAACUUGCUCCGUCAGAAACCGAAACCUCCCAGGAAGGUGGCAUCAUUGUUACCUCUCCAACAAAAGAUACUGGUUCCGACAACAGCAGAGUAGAGAUGGGUUCAUCGAAAAAAUAAAGUAAUGAAGGAAAAUGAUGCAGAAAAGAGAAAAAGGUGAGGGAAUAACAUUCUACCUUGAGACUUCAAAUAAAAUGACGCAGAGGAGAUGAAAGGGAAGGAAUGAUAUGCAUGUAUCAUUCCGACAUUAUAGUUCAUAAAAUCCUAGUGCAAGUAGUGAUU